AUGGCUCCAGGAUUCAAGAGCCUUACAUUGGCCGACAAUGGACACGAUGAUACCCAAAAAGCAGGCGAGAUCGAACCCACAUGGCAGGACAAUGUUUCAAAGUUAUUCAGUGCACCAUACUGGCUUCCUGAAGAUACCCGCGAAUCUAUCGGAGCUUCAUGGAUCGCCAUGAUGAAAUUCUGGGGACCCACCGACCUGUCAAACUACGAUCAUGUCAAGAAAAAGGCCACAUCCAUCUACCAACAUUGUCGAUCUAAAACCAUGCCUCUCACGGAUGAUCCGUCUCAGUACUUCCCCGAAGAAUCUCUCGAGCUCAUUCGGCACUGGGCAAAUCAAGGGUACAGGAAAAUCUCGAUGGACCCCUUUGUCCGUGAGACCGUCAUUCCGGAGCCCCAAGAUCCACCAGUGACGUGGAGGAACAGAAAGGAUAUUCGUAAUUUGACUCCAGAGGAACUGCAGACGUACCGAGCUAAGCUCGAAGAUAUACUUGGGGUUGGGCGUGUUAAAUCCAAGUGGCAAGAAUUAGGAUUUCUGCAUGCAAACUGGUGCCUGCACUACCAAGAGGCAACAUUCCUAUGGCAUAGGGCUUACCUUCGAUACGUUGAGGAACUGAUCGACUUUCCUAUCCCUUACUGGAAUGGUCUCGCAACCGAAGCCAAGGACCCAAACUCGGAGUUUUCAGGACUUCCGAAGGAGUUCUGCGAUGAAGAAUACGAACAUCCAACGAAAGGGACGAGACCGAAUCCUCUAAGAUACGCUCUGGCCCUCGUCGAUGAUCCAGAUACAGAGAAACAUAGAUUUGUAGAGCGAGACCCUAUAUUGUAUUCGAGAGAGGCCGGUGAAGAGUGGAACCGCAAGGUUAGAAUGUUUGAGCUUUAUCAGGAACAAAUCGGAUUCUCUUUACAGCAAGAGAUAUACAGUCAGCCGAUGAAUAUAACGCAAGAGCAAGGGCUACCUUACGGGACCCCUUGGGCAAAUAUCCCCGAUUUCGACGAAGAGCAACCAGACGAAGACUAUCCUUAUCGGGCAGACUUUGACGGGCUAUUCGAACAGCCUCACGAUAACAUUCACGGAUGGAUUGGCCCUGAUAUGGCAAACAAUUCCUUUAGUGGAUUCGACCCUGUGUUUCUAAGUUAUCAUGGGAACAUAGACCGGAUCACCGAAAUAUUUCUCCGUUCUCGGCGUGGUCUUACCUUUACAUCAAGCUUUCCCCUCCGCCCUUUCAUCAACCAAGCUCGUGAAUUGAGCUAUUCCGACCCACGCGAAUAUAUCUAUACUACAAUCGGUGACAUGGCAAAAAAUACGAAAGUUAACAAUUACACGUAUGCCCUACCGGCCUCACCCGACCAAGUACAUCUCCUACCAGCUAUCAAGGGAAGUGGUAGGCCCAAAGGCGCACCAUACGCUAUUUUCAGGAACGUGCACUGCAAUAACAAGAGCUUUCAUAUCGAUGUCUUUACUCCAUUCGCAACAUCUCUUAACCCGGACCCAGUGGAAAACCCUCACUAUAUUGGAAGAGAUACCAGACUAGGCAUGGGUCCCGGUAGCAGCGGGAAAGGACCAGAGAAUACAGAUAGGUGUGUUAAGAAGGGUGUAACAAGGAUUUUUGAUGCUUCGAAAUUUGAAGAGGGGUUACGGAAAGAUGUUAGUAGUGAUAGUGAUAUGCGUUUGAAACAGGUGGUUACUAGUUUAGAGACAGGUAUUGUCGUGCCUGAAGAGGUGUGGAGGUCGUGGGAUGGGUUUCAGGCGGACUUUGACUAG